AUGAAUGUGCCCAACUCGCAAUCUUAUGCCGAGCACGACGGGAGCGUUCUCGGUCUCGCAUCGAAUCAAGUCAGCCGCUUCCUUGCCCAGUUCCGCAGUCCACCUCUUGCAGGGGCUGCGAAUGAUAAGUGCACCAGGUGUGAGACGGUACUUCUUUCUUCUCCCAUCUCGGCAUACGUAGUAACUCACGCCUCUCUCUUGAUGUGA